AUGAGCUCCGUGGCCCAAGACGGGCAAGGAUCGUCUUCAAUGCAUCCUUCUCUCCAAUUCAAGACAAGACUUUCAUUGAUAUCGGCAUCAUCACACGCUGCACUUUCAUCGGUGCAAGAAGAGGUCAACAACCUCGAAGCUGAAGAGAAUGAAUCCGAUAUUCGAGAACGCGAAGAUUGGGAUUCAAUGAAUGAAAUUGUCAUGGCCAUUGAAUUUAAAGAGCGUGGUAUAGUUGGAUGUGCAUAUUAUAUCGCUAGAGAAGAAAAACUGUGUAUGAUGGCAGACAUCAGUAAGGCUGGACUUGAUACGAUUGACACUCUGAAAAUCCAUGUAGAGCCUACUGUAAUCCUAAUAAGCACUCGAUGCGAAGAGGUACUAGAAGAACAUCUCCAGAAAGAUGCCAAGGGCAUUGACCGGGGAGACGCAAACGAAAUAUUUGGCUCAUACGUCCUUGAUUCGCGACCGGCUGCGGAAUUUUAUUACGAGACGGCAAAGAUCAAAUUGGCCAACUUGGAUAUUGAGGGCGCGAGAGGCGUUAACAUGACGUUUGCCACUCCUGGGGAUGACUUCGCUGGAGAUCACAACCAUGAUCAGGCGGGAUCAAGUGACUCUCGGCAAGUCCUACUCCCGAUUAUAUUCCCCCAAUGGCACAGCAUCUCAAAUUUGAAUGAGAGAAUAAUUGGCUGUGCUGGUGCGGUGCUUAACUACCUUGGGCGACGACGAAGUGUAGAUUACUUGCCCAACGACGAGGCUGCAUUGAUUGCAUUCAGGAUCCGCACCAUUGAGAUGUUUUCUUUGACGGAUAUGAUGUUUGUGAACGCGGAUACAUUAUCAUCGCUCCAAAUUAUUCAGUCCGAGUCUCAUCCGAACUCACAUAUGCAAGGCCCGAACAAGUCAACUUCGGGAUCAAAAGAGAGCUUGUCCGUCUUUGGCCUAUUCUAUCAUUUGGCUAGUACACCGCAGGGUAGGCAAAAGCUUCGGAAGAUGUUUUUAAGUCCAAGUAUAGAUAUGUCGGCAAUCGAGGAAAGACUCCGGACAAUAGGCACUUUUCUAAUUCCCGAGAACCAACCGUUAUUACAGGAUAUUCGGAAGAGCCUAAAUAGUGUCAAAGAUAUCAGAACCGUGGUGAUCCAUCUACAGAAAGGUGUAAGUGGACGCUCUGGGAAGGCAACAUCGGUUAAGAGUGGUAUUUGGGGUAGCAUUCGUUCAUUCUCCUUCCAUUCGCUCAAGAUCCUUGAAGCAUUGCGAGGGUUAGUAGGUGACAAGACGGUAGUCGCUGGUAAGCUCUUCAACGAAACGCGCCCUAAUAACCUUCUUGGUAUUGGUCAAAUCAUCACCCAAACAAUAGAUUUUGAGAGAUCGGCCGAACAACACCGUAUCACGGUCAAGCAAGGCGUAGACCCCGAGCUGGACGGAAUGAAAAGAACGUAUGAUGGCAUGGAAAGUUUUCUUACGGAAGCACAAAGAAAACUGGCAGACGAUUUACCCGAGUGGGCUCGUCAAUAUGUUGAAAAUUGCAUAUACUUUCCACAACUUGGAUUUUUGACGGUCGUACAACUGGAUCCCGAUACAGGCGAAGGGAAAUACAAAGGCGAGGGGACCGAGGAGGAUGAAUGGGCCCAGACGUUUGUCAGCGACGAGAAAGUCUAUUACAAAAACAGGCGUAUGAGGGAAAUGGACGAAUAUAUUGGUGAUAUGUAUAGUAUGAUUACAGACAGGGAGAUCGAGAUCAUACAUGGCCUCACUGUACGUGUACUAGAGCAGGAGAAGCUUCUGAUCACAGUAUCUGAUCUAUGUGGAGAACUUGAUAGCCUCGUUGCACUUGCUCUUGGGGCUGUCAAAUAUCGUUUCAACCCUCCAAUCAUGACGGAAGCCAAUGUAAUUGAUAUUGAAGGUGGACGGCAUCCUCUCCAAGAGCUUGCAGUCCCAUCCUAUGUCGCAAAUGACUGUUAUCUUGCGGGUGGAUCAGGCCAUGCCAACGACGAAGGAUUUUCUUCAAGCACUGCCCAGAAUUCUGAGGACAACGAAGGCCCAAGUAUGCUUCUUAUGACUGGGCCAAAUUAUUCAGGAAAGAGUGUCUAUCUUAAGCAAACUGCUCUGAUUGUUUACUUGGCCCAUAUUGGCAGUUAUGUCCCGGCUGAGAAGGCAGUUGUAGGACUCACGGAUAAGAUCUUAACGCGGAUCACUACCCGUGAAAGUGUAUCCCGAAAUCAAAGCGCUUUCAUGAUUGACCUGCAACAAAUAGCUCUCUGUACAACACUUGCAACUCACCGCAGCCUUGUGGUUAUCGAUGAAUUUGGUAAAGGUACUAACUCAACAGAUGGCGCUGGCCUAGCUUGCGGCGUAUUCGAAUAUUUCCUUGGACUCGGUUCGCAUCGACCAAAAGUACUCGGAGCAACCCACUUUCACGAAAUAUUUGAGAAUGGGUUCUUGUCCCCAAGACCUGAAUUAUCAUUUGGACAUAUGGAAGUUCAUGUGAAUAAACAAGCUGAUCUCGCUGAAGACCAAGUUGCAUACCUGUACAAUUUUGUGUUGGGUAGAAGUACUUCAAGCUUUGGUACAUCUUGUGCAGCGAUGAAUGGAAUUGAUUCUACUAUCGUGGAAAGAGCUGAGGAUUUGAUACUAUUGGCAGCUCGGGGAGAGGAUCUCAUGGAAGCUCUUGCGGCAAAUAUCUCGGAAAAGGACGCUCAGGAUUUGGAGGAUGCAGAAACCAUUGGGAGACGUUUUCUUGAGCAAAACUUUCCUCUAUCGGGAGGGGGUAAUGCCGUGAUAGACGUCCGAAGCAUUCUUCAAAACAUCCUGGAUGUUGAAGGUGGGCUUGAGGCAUGA